UCAUAAAAAAAAUAAAAAAAAGUAGAAGCUCUUGGCUCAACAGAAAUUAUGGAAAAUAUGAUAAGGAGCUUCAAACACAAAAUAGCAGAUUUUAUUGAAUUAGUGAAAACAAAGGCAAUUGAAGUCGUAGUUCAACACGAUGAACGUCUGCUAAUAACAGUUUUAACGUUGUUUUUUGCUUCGUAUCUGAUUGUUGUUUUUUCACGUCAUUUAUGUAAGAAAAGGAAGAAUAGAAAACCCAAAAGAGUAUUAACGAGGUCAUUGUCAGUAGGAGUUCUGCAUGGAGGUGAAUUAGCUCUACAAAGGUUAGUUGAUUACCAUGAUGCCAAGGCUGAGGUUCUAUCAUUGGAUGUUCCUAAGCCAGAGGCAGAGUUCGAUGCUCUACUCAAUGAUGACCGUCCUCAUUUCAAGGCACUACAAAGGUGUAUUGCAAAGAUGGAAAUGUGUGGAAAAGAAAUGAAUGCAGUGAUGAAGCUGGAGAGUGCAAUAAGAGAAGCUCGGUCAAAGGGAAAAUCACAUGAAGCUUAUGAGUUUGAGAUGUUGCUCGUCGAAACACUCAUUUACCAGGGAAAAUUCGACGAGGCGCGAAAUCACAAAUGCUUAGAUGAUAAAUGUAUUACUGAUGCAAGGCGUCCACUUUACAAGGCUAUAAUAAGCCUCUCACUUCCAAGGUCCACUGAAGAUCCUGAAAAUUGCUGGAAAGAAUUCAAACAAAUUAGAAAAGAUCUGAAAAGAUCAUGCAAUGUAAAAGAUGCACAACUUCUUGAUAUCAACACUAAAUUCGAGAAAUUUAAGAGCGUUGUUAUGUCUCUCAAUGGAGAUAUCAAGGAGGUUAAAAGGAAGGCCCAAAAAAUAAAGAAAUGAUUCUCCUCUUCCUAAUCAGUUACGCCUAGCUCAUGAUAAAGCAUUUGUGUUCUCCUUUUAUUUUAUUUUUUAUCUUUCAGUUUGAUGUACUAUAAUGUUCAUGAACUACUAUAUAUGUAUAUGUUUAUGUUAUUGUUAUCAGGAAUAUUGUAAAGAAAUAAAAGUAAUUAAAACCUUCAUUCAA